AACUAAAAUAAAUAUACAGAUAGAAAAAUGAGUUUAGUUACAGCCAAUUUUUCCUGACUCAAAUGAUCAAUUAUUCAUUGUUGAUAUUUAUAUCAAUUUUAUAUAAUAUGUCAUCGUAAAUAGUCUGAUACUUGUUAAAAUAUUUCAAUUUCAAAAACACGUGAGGAGAUGCUUGGCUUAUCAAUACGGAUAUUUACGUAUUGUCCAUCAGUAGCUUGGGGCAAAUGUAAUCAUUAUCGUCACUCUGUCCAAGGACUCUCUUCGAUACACUUCACAAACAUGGAUAAAGUCGAAAUUGCUAAGAAAUUGGCGGCGCAAAAGGCUGUAGAUUGUCAUAUUAAGGAUAAUUUUGUGGUUGGAAUUGGUAGUGGAACAACUGCAGUAUAUGCUGUUGAACAUUUAGCUGAAAGGAUUAAAAAAGAAGGUUUAAAAAUUUCUUGUAUUCCAACAUCCAUUCAGUCCCAAAUGUUAAUCAGACAAUAUGGACUAAAUUUAUCAAGUUUAGAAGAGCAUCCAGAGAUAGAUGUUGUUAUUGAUGGUGCUGAUGAAGCAGACUUUCAGUUAACUUUAAUUAAAGGAGGUGGAGGUUGUUUAACACAAGAAAAGAUUGUUGCUUCAUGUUCAAAAAAGUUUGUUGUGAUUGCUGAUUAUAGAAAAGAUUCAAAGAAUUUGGGAGAUAAAUGGACAAAAGGCAUUCCAAUUGAAGUGAUCCCAAUGGCAUACAUUCCAAUUCAGCUUAAAUUAGAAAAACUUGGUGGACCAGCAAUAUUAAGAAUGGCUAAAGCUAAAGCUGGUCCAGUAAUAACUGAUAAUGGUAAUUUUAUUCUGGAUUGGCAUUUUGAAAAGAAUCAUGAUUGGGACAAGAUUCAUAAGUACAUUAAACUCAUACCAGGAGUUGUUGAAACAGGUUUGUUUGUUAAUAUGGCAAGUAAAGCUUAUUUUGGACAAGCUGAUGGAACUGUAACAGAAAGAGAAGCACAAUAUAUGUAAAA